CGUCGUUUAGUCCCAUGCAUGUGGAAGAGUGAAACGCGCCUCCAUAGUCGUGAAGAAGAAGACGACCCUCCGCUGCUUCCACCAGCAAUCCCAGGCAAUGCGAGCGUGCAUGACGUCAGUGGGAAUGUGGGAAAGCAGCACUGUAGUGCAUACAUAUAGAGCUCUGCGGUGAUGAGUGGAAGGGAUCUGCAUGCGUUCAUUACAAACUUCAGAGCAGAAGAUGUGGAAAAACUGACACUGCGGAUGAAAAACGGUCUUGGCAGCUCAAAGUACAAACCGGCUGAAUACAAAAGACUAAAAGCCAUCGUUGAUGCCAAACGCCUGGAGUCUGAUCUAAUUGGAUUAAAGGUUCAGAAGACUCGUUGUGCAGCCAAGGCAACCAAGGAGAGCUCCAUAUUACGGCAGCACAGACAGGUGUGGAGCACAGAGUGCCCCAGGCUGCAAAAGGCUGAGGAGAAGGCUGAGAAAGACAUCCAGGGUUUUCUAGAACAGAUCAGGCCAAAUGAUAGGACAGAUACUGGCAUCUUCUCACUUCAAGAGUAUGGGCUGCUCCUAGAGAGGGAGCGGGAGGCAUUCAGGAGAGCCACGGUGGAGCCCGUUUAUCAGCUCAAAGAUGAUCUGCGCUUCAGACUGGGUGAAGUUAAACAUCAGCUGCUCACUGCCCAUCAAUCACACUGGGAACAAGUGAUACAACAGAUAAACUUUGUGAAGGACCAGCAAGAUGACAUAACUGCAACACUUGAUGCAGAGUACCUGGCAUUGGAGGAGGAGAUCAUUGGCUUUGGCUUAGAGAAAUAUCUGACUAGUACGUCAGAUAAUCUGGUGAAAAUGGAAAACUAUCCAGAGGAGGUUUUGGAUUCAGACUGCCCUUACCCAGAGCUGAAGGACUCUCUGAUCCAGGCCUUCCACUCCCUGUUAGAAGGUUACCAGAGCAGGCUGCAGAGUCUCAAAGAUGAACUGCAAAGAAGUGACAGGUUCUGUGGCUGGUGUGCAGAUGAACACCAACGCUUCCAGUUCACCUUGUCUCACUACACUCAAGAUGCAUCCAACCACAGGGGACUCUACAUGGACAUGCUGCAAAGACUCUUCCCUGAGAAAACUAGACAAGAGCUGAUGGAGCAUGAACGUGUGUGGGACUGGCAGCGUUUCACUCAGGCGCAGCUGACAGUGGUGACCCAGCAGUGUCAGCGGGACCAGGAAGAGCUGCUGGCCAGAGCCCUGGUCACCCUGCAGGAGGCGAAACAUGCCCACCAGGAGGAGCUGGAGCUCCACAGAGGCCGCCAGCACCAGCAGGACAUCUGCUCGCAUCUCAGAGAGAAGCUGCAGCAGUGGCGGGCUCAGCAGGAGGAGGUGGCGAAGCUGGAAACAACUAUAGCGGCGAGACAAGAAGAGGUGGAAGAGGAGAGGCUAAAGAGGGAGCAGGAGAAGGAGGCCGCCAUCCGAUCACAGCACAAAGACAAAGUCAGGCAGUUUUAUUUACAGCAGCAGAAGAGGAGGGAGAUGCUUGAGCAGAGGGAUCAGGAGAGACUCGCUAAUCUGAGGAGCGUCAUGGAAGAACAGGCCAGGCGAGAUAAAGAGAGGGUGCAGUUUCGGGCAGGGAUGUUGCGGCGGCGCAGGGAGGAGAGAGAGGUGCAGGAGCACGAGCGGCAGAGGGAAGAAGAAGAGAAACAGAAUUGUCUGGAAGUUCUCCGAAACCAGGUUAGUGUGGUGGCAGAGGCAGACCCAGGGAGGAUGAUGGCAGAUACAGAGGCUUGGAGGAGUCGACACUUGAAUGUAAAGGAAUUUGAGCUCCAAAGGCCUCUCUACAGUAUCAACACGUAUACAGACUCACAGAUUGUGUCUGAUCCAAGAGUGCGGGCCGAGCAGGCCCUGCGGGAGGCGGGUCUGCACCACAGCCAGUAUGCUAAAGAGGUUCUGUCUGUUAUCACGCCCUCUAAACCACCCAGACGAGAUACCAAAUCCAUGCUCAAAUUCUGACCGGGGACUUGUUUGACGACACAUUAAUAAGUCCGAACCUUGUUCUGGUAUUGAACGUUACAUUGAAUAAAAAAAAUAAUAAAUGAAUAAGCUGCAUGUGUAAGAAUCAUAUUCACAGUUGGACAGAUUACACCAUUUUGUACAACAGCUGCUGUACUCAUAAAGUGUAAGAGACACAGUGCAAUUAGUAUUAUUGACUUUUAUUGAAGGUUUUAUACUUUACAGCAUCUCAUGAGAAAUACAGUAUCAUUGAGUGAUGAUAAACAUGUACCUUCAACAAAUUAAAAUGAGCUCUCAGCACCU